AUGGAACGAAAGAACUUGUUUGAGGUGUUUGACACAAAAACACAAACUUGGGAUCCUAAACCUAUCUCUUUCAGCGAGACAAAAUGGGACUUUGCAUUCUCCAAAACCACAUGUAUUGAUGGAAAGUUCAACGUGGUGUCUUAUUGCCAUCAUGGUGUGAUUGCUUACAGUCCCAAGGAAGGUAGAUGGGACAAGGUUGGAGAAGAGCUAAGAGAUGUUCUCUAUACGGUUUCUUAUUGCGUGACAGAGAACGUUUUAUACACAUAUGUUUCUCACCGAGUGUUCAAAUGGUUUGAUACUAAGACAAGAGUGUGGAGAAAAUUGAACGGUUUGGUAAGGUUACCUAAGUUCCCUCCAAGUUGUCGUAUUCAAUUAGUUGAUUAUGGUGGAAAACUGGCGGUUUUGUGGGUCGAUCAAUCAUUGCCUUCUACUAGUGAUGACGACAACUUGGAUAAGAUUUGGUGCGCGGAGAAGUUGAGUGGUUUGGUCAUGUGUUUACAGUUCCUGCAGCAUGUCGUUUUGAGAAGGUUCUUGCUGUUACUCUUUGAUGAAUGA